AUGGUUGAGAUACAAAAUGACACUACAUCGUUGCUUGAUCUUGUUAAUGUUGGCGGUUACUAUGGCGAGAGCAUAGUAUUAACGGUAAAAGGAUAUGACAUCCAAUACACCACAAGUCUCUCACUUGUAACAAGCAUAGACCUAUCAAACAAUAAUCUUUCCGGCGAGAUCCCAAAAGAGCUUACGAAACUUCAUGGAUUGCACUUCCUCAACUUAUCCAACAAUCAUUUGACAGGAGCUAUUCCAGAAAACAUUGGUUCCAUGGAACAACUGGAAUCACUUGACUUAUCAAUGAAUAAUCUCACAGGAGAUAUUCCUUCCAGCUUUUCAUCUCUCAACUUCCUAAGCCACUUGAAUCUCUCUCACAAUAACUUGUCAGGAAGAAUUCCAACAGCCGGUGGUCAAAUGUCGACCUUCAUUGACGACCCGUCAAUCUAUGAUGCUCAUCAAAGUCCACCUCAUGCAGCAGAUGAACAGGAAGAGAAAAAUGAUGACAGGCUUGAAACAGUGUGGGAAAUUACCAGCAUCGUCAUGGGUUUUGUCGUUGGUUUUUGGAGUUUUAUAGGAACAAUGAUCAUGAAACAGAGCAUAAGGAUUGCUUUCUUUCGAUUAAUCGACAAGGCUUACGAUUGGUGCUACGUGCAGUUGGCAGUCGGAUGUGCAAGGUUAAAGUCCAAGCAGCAAAGUGUGACUUGA